GUGGGGGAUGUAGUGCUUCAAACUGAGAGCCUGAUGUAGCUCAAUUUGCGCCUACAGGUUCUGGCCAAGUGACAUUCUUUGCCAGAACCAUUCGUGGCCUUUGAUGACAUGUCUCCUUUAUACGAGUUCUGACCUCUCACACUUACGCACUGACGCAGAGAACAGCAAUAAUGGCGGUGGAAAACGUGAGCGUGGGCUUCAAAGUGUACUGCCUCACUGUGAUGACACUAGUGGCGGCUACAUACACAGUAGCUCUGCGAUACACCAGGACCAUUUCAUCUGGAGACCUGUAUUUUUCCACCACAGCAGUGUGCAUCACUGAGGUCAUCAAACUCCUUCUCAGUGUGGGAAUGCUCUCCAAGGAGACAGGGAGUCCCAGCAGGUUGAAAAAUGCCAUUGUGGAGCACAUCUUUUCAAGCCCCAAGGAGCUCCUAAAACUAAGUGUCCCCUCUAUUGUAUAUGCCAUACAGAACAAUAUGGCAUUUCUGGCACUUAGUAACCUGGAUGCAGCUGUAUAUCAGGUGACGUACCAGCUGAAGAUCCCAUGCACAGCCCUGUGCACUGUCCUCAUGCUCAACCGCUCCUUGAGUCGUCUGCAGUGGGGCUCUGUGUUCAUGCUCUGUGUGGGAGUGACUCUGGUGCAGUGGAAACCAGUAGAAGCCACUAAGGUUCAGAUUGAACAAAACCCUUUACUUGGAUUUAUGGCCAUCGCUAUUGCUGUUCUUUGCUCCGGAUUUGCAGGAGUGUACUUUGAGAAAGUGCUGAAGAGCUCUGACACCUCUUUGUGGGUGAGGAACAUCCAGAUGUACAUAUCUGGGAUUGUGGUCACGCUCAUCGGUGUGUACAUGACCGAUGGACAGAAAGUGUUGGAGAAAGGCUUCUUCUUUGGCUACACGCCCUGGGUCUGCUUUGUCAUAUUCCUGGCAAGUGUGGGUGGCUUAUAUACAUCAGUGGUGGUAAAGUACACAGAUAAUAUCAUGAAGGGCUUCUCUGCUGCAGCGGCCAUCGUCCUCUCCACUGUGGCCUCUGUGCUUCUCUUUGGACUCCAGAUAACUCUCACAUUUGCCUCUGGUGCCCUGCUGGUUUGCAUUUCCAUUUACUUGUACGGCCUCCCGAAACAAGACACAACCAAACUGCCCCGACAAGAAGCAGACAAAGAGCUCAAAGCAAAACUCAUACCAGUGUAACCUUCACAACAGCGGACUGCCUAGCCUGCAGACUGUGGUGCUUCCCGUUUGAUGUUACUGGAUCCCAUCAGAAUGGGACUAUAUAACAUGUCACUGAAGAAGAACACAUUUAUUAUUAUUUUUUGCCAAAUGAGUUUUAUUUUUGCCUGCAAUUCCAGUUUCAAAUUCUUUCGGUAACGAUAUGAACUAGCUCUUUUUUAUAAGGGACAAUACAUCAUGGGAACAUUGUUAAAAAGAGCUGGAGGAGCACUGCUUUUGUAGCCCAUACUUUAGAAUUUAUGAAGUGAUUGGGGAAAUUGGCAAUUUAAUUGUUGUACAUGUCUUUACUUUUGACAUUGUGAUUGAAUGUAAACACAAGGAAGUGAUUUAGGCCUUGUCACUAGUCUUCAGGUGUGCUGGAGAGUUGUAUGAAACUGGACUGUGCCUCUGCACCUCUGACAUAUGAUCUCAAAUGUUCGUGGGAUCUCAAACAUGUCGGCUGCUUAUACUGGAUACUCUUUAAACAUGUAUUAUCUU